AUGCGCUGGUGGGGUCUGUGGGCGGCCCUGCUCGUCGCGGGCUUCCUGUAUAGCGCGUGGCCGCGCACGUAUGCGUACCGCCGUGUCGUAGCGAUCGGCGACUUGCAUGGCGACUAUGACCAGGCGCUCGAGAUUCUGCGCGCGACACACGUUGUGGACGAGCGCAGUCACUGGGACGGUGGCGACACGGUCCUUGUGAGCACCGGCGACACGGUCGAUCGCGGCGACGCGACCAUCAAGCUGUACGAAAUGUUCCAGCGCCUGCGCACGGAGAGCGGCAAGGCUGGCGGUCAGGUCGUCACUCUCCUGGGCAACCACGAAGUAAUGAAUGCGCUGGGCGACUGGCGGUACGUGACGCCCGGCGAUCUCGCGUCGUUUGGCGGCCACGAUGCACGACGGCAUGCCAUGUCGACGGACGGGUGGCUUGGGCGCGAGUGGCUCACGCACUACGCCGUUACUGCCAGCGUGCCUUUGCUGGACACGCAGGCAGAGUCCCUCGCGCCGGCCCUCUCACGUACGCACCGCGCUUCGUUCGUGCAUGGCGGCAUUUCGCCCCUAGGCACCGAUUCCAUCAAUGCACAUGCGCACGGCCUGCUCCGCAAGGCCCUCACGUCGCGCCCCUCAAACGGCAUGCUACCGGGUGACGCGCUGCGCGAGGAACGUGCGCUUUGGGCAGCCGAUGGGCCGCUAUGGUACCGCGGCUAUGCGCUAGAUGCUGAGCGAGAUGCGUGUGCGAACGCGGACCAUGCGCGACGCACGCUGGAUGUGCAGAGCCUUAUUAUGGGCCACACGCCCCAGAUGGGCGGCAUUGCCAGGCGGUGCGCGGACGACCGCCUCUACAUCAUCGACACGGGCAUGAGCCACGCGUACGGCGGCCGCGCAAGUGCGCUUGAAAUCGCGUCGUAUCUGCGGCGAGGCUGGUUUGGUACUAUGUGUGUGCACUCGACAUACACGGCCGUGUACGCGCGUGAGGGCGCACAGCGCCUAUCGCACACCGUCCAUUGCUAA